AUGUUCGUCAAGAAGGGUGAUGGCUGGCGCGUCUGUAUGGACUCCCGGCGUCUGAACGAGGCGACGAUCAGGGAUCGGUACCCGUCGCCUGAUGCCUUGGCGCUGAUUGACAAGCUGAAGGGCGCGAAAAUUUUCAGCAAGUUUGAUCUCACGAGCGCGUUCUGGCAAGUGAGAUUGAGCGCCGACAGUGAGAAAUACACGGCGUUCCCGUGCGACGGCAAGCUGUACCAGCACAGGGUCAUGUGUUUCGGGUUGGUCAACGCGCCGGCGAUGUUCCAGCGCCUGAUUAAUGAGGUCAUGGGCCCGCUCUCCGCUUUCGCUGGAGGGUACUUUGACGACAUUAUUGUGUUCUCCAAGACGCCGGAGGAGCACGAGCUCCACGUGAAGCAGAUGCUGGCUCGGCUGAGGGAGUUUGACCUGUACGUCUCCUUGAAGAAGUGCGUGUUUGGCACGUCGAGUGUCGACUUCUUGGGGCGGCGGGUCAGCGAAGCCGGAGUGGCGGUGGAUCCUCGCAAGGUGCAGGCAGUCCUCAACUGGAAGCCGCCGACGGACGCGACUGGUGUGCGUGAGGUCAACGGCCUCGCGUCCUUCAUGAGGCGUCAUGUGCCGAACUAUGCCGAGCUGGCGCGCCCGAUGACGAUGCUGACGCGGAAGAAUGUUCCGUUCGUCUGGUCGGCAGAGUGCGAGAAGUCGUUCCGCGCGAUCCAGCAGGCGCUCGUCCAGGCACCGGUGCUGGCGUACCCCGAUACGUCACGGCCGUUUGAGAUUUUCUCGGAUGCGUCGGAUCUCGCGUUGGGUGGUGUGUUGAUGCAGAGGUCGGAGUCCGGCGACGGUCUGCAUCCGGUCGCCUACUACUCGCGCGUGUUCACGAAGCCGGAAAUCAACUACUCGGUCUACGACAAGGAGCUGCUGGCUAUCCUGGAGUGUCUCCGCGAGUGGCGACAUUACGUUUGCGGUUCGGGCAAGAUCACCGUUUGGUCGGACCACAGGAAUUUGCAGUGGUUUACGGAGACGCGGGAGCUGACGGCGCGCGAGGCUCGGUGGUGCGAGAUGCUGGGCGAGUUCGAUCUGGUCAUCAAGCAUCUGGAGGGCUCCAAGAACGGUGCGGCGGAUGCGAUGUCCCGUUCGGCGUCGGGAGCUGGGCCGAAGGAGAAGCUUAAAGGCCGGGUGUUGGACCCCGAGUUGUUGGUGGCUCCAGUCGCUGGCGAGGCCGGUGACGAGCAGAGCGAAGAUUUCGUGGGGAAGAAGAAGGAGUAG